AUGGGUGGCUCAGAUUUGUCACUGCUCCGCCACUACCAGAAGUCCACCGAGCGGCUCAUCCGCAAGCUGCCGGUCCAGCAGCUGGUGCACGAGAUUGAGCAGGGCUUCAAGACCCACCUGCGCUUCCAGAGCUCGGCCAUCCUGGAGCUGCAGGAGGCGUGUGAGACCUACCUGGUGGGGCUUUUCGAGGACACAAACCUCUGCGCCAUCCAUGCCAAGCACGUCACCACUAUUCCCAACGACAUCCAGCUGGCCUGCCGCAUCCGCGGAGAGAGGGCAUAA